AUGACGGACCUCACUGAAGUAUCUGUUUACUCAGAAUCCUCUGUCAUUUACAAGGUGAGGACAGCGACAGCUUGUGUGGGCCUGGAAUUCUGGUUCCAAUUUUUGAUAUCGACCUUGUAUUUCAUGGUGGAAGUUACUUGGCGUUCCAUGUUAUACCAAUUGUCUUUGCUUUUCCCAGAAUGUUUUCUGCAACCCCGCGUUUGAGCUUGAGGGUGAGCGUGAGGAGAAAGUGGAACGAUUCAGUUCUGCCAUGUCCCCAGAGCCAGUAAAGCGCCCAGCAGCAAGCAGUGAGUCUGACAACCUAGUUUCCCUGUUCCAUAACAUCAUAUAACACCGGAGUUGGAUAUACAAUAGGAUUGGUUGUUUCCAGAUGCCAAGACCUAUUCAAUUUGACCUAGUUGUUGUCUUCCACCAUUGGAAAGUGGAAACAAAGAUUUUCUGAGGGACAGGAAUGUUACAACAACUUAAAGUUUCCUCAACCACCCAUGUCUUUCCUCCCUGUGUGUGUGUGUGUGUUGGUUUGCGUGUGUGUGUGCAUGCGUACGUGUGUAUGUGUCACAGGCCGAGGUGUGUUCAGUGUGUGUGUGAUGCGUCUGCGAGGUCCGUGGUGUAGCUGGGGGGCCGUGGUGGUCUCUGUUGCUGCUGUGCUCCUGGUAGCAGCCCUGGGCCUGGCACUGGUGCUCAUCUUCACACGUCAGUGACGGGGGGGAUAGUGGGAUGAGUGGGACCACACAGAUACUAUAAAUCUAUGUAAUUCUAUGGGUGGAACAGUGGGACCUCUGAUCCUCAACAGGAAGUGUUCACCGAGCAUAGUGUACAUACAUGGUGUACAUACAUUUCACUCAUCUCUCAAAAAACCCGGGAAGAACCCUAAUUUAAAUAGACAUAGACAUAGACACCUAUAUAAUUAUGUACACAAUGUCCUUAUUUAAACAAAAAUUGCCAAUUCAUACACUAUAAUCCUUCAAACUCAACUCUGGACCUAGAAGCCAGUUCCACUGCGUUUUUUCAUUGUUGCCCUCUAAUCUGGGAACGAUUGUGACCUGGGACAUCAGAAGAGUGAAAUUAAUUAUCAGGUAGAACAGAAAACCAAGAGGCUCCGGACCUCGUAGGGUAAGAGUUGAAUACCCCUGUACUAUAUGGUCCCUUGAGCAUUGAAUAGCAUUGCAGUACUUCUGCACAUCACAAGAUUGUGUCCUCUUACUCGAUCUCUCACUGUGUUCUUCACUCCACAGAACUAAAGGGGCAGAGUGUGGAUGGGGAAGUGGUGUCGACCAAUCCCCUGGACUUGUUGACUGGAGAUGGACUGCCUCGUGGUCUACCCACAACCCCCACCAACCACAGUCAUAGGGACAGUACAGUGGCCCCACAGCCAGCCAGAUACCCUACCCCUGAAACUAGUGGGUAUUUGUCUAUUACAGUUGUAUCCAUAGAAAUAGAAUAAGUAGUUCUAUUCCAAUGAUUGUACCUUACAGAUACGUACUUACCGACAGAUACUGUACGUACAAUACAAUAAUAAUACUGUAAUACACUACCCUGUACUUUUCUCACUGUCUGUCUGUCUCAGGAUGUGGGGGCGUAUUGACAGACUCAGAGGGCAGCUUUAGCUCCCCCAACCACCCUGGGUCGUAUCCCCCAGACUCUCUGUGUGUCUGGGUGAUCCGAGCGCGGCCCCCAUCCCUGGUCCAGAUCCAUGUGUCCUCUCUGACCAUAGAAGGACCGUCCCCCUGCCUCUUUGACUGGCUGGAGGUUCAGGAGGAGACGGAGCAACCUUCUGUUGUCACCAGGUGGGUCAAACGUACUGUAUCUGAACCUGUUCCAGGUAGAAGAUGCCUCUAAACACAGAUCUAGGAUCAAAUGUCCAUUGCUCGUGUUUCUUGGCCCAAGCAGGUCUCUUCUUCUUAUUGGUGUCCUUUAGUAGUGGUUUCUUUGCAGCAAUUCAACCAUGAAGGCCUGAUUCACAGAGUCCCCCUGAACAGUUGAUAUUGAGAUGUGUCUUUGACUUGAACUCUGUGAAGCAUUUAUUUGGGCUACAAUUUCUGAGGCUGGUAACUAAUUAACUUAUCCUCUGCAGCAGAGGUAAUUCUGGGUCUUCCAUUCCUGUGGCGGUCCUCAUGAGAGCCAGUUUCAUCAUAGCUUUUUAUGAUUUUUGCGACUGCACUUGAAGAAACGUUCAAAGUUCUUGACAUUUUCCGUAUUGACUGACCUUCAUCUCUUAAAGUAAUGAUGGACUGUCGUUUCUCUUCGCUUAUUUGAGCUGUUCUUGGACUUGGUCUUUUACCAAAUAGGGCUAUCUUCUGUAUCCCCCCCCCCCCCUUGUCACUACACAACUGAUUGGCUCAAACGCAAUGUACUAUUUCAUAGUUUUGAUGUCUUCACUAUUAUUCUACAAUGUAAAAACAAUAGUACAAAUAAAGAAAAACACUUGAAUGAGAAGGUGUGUCCAAACGUUUGACUGGUAGUGUAUACUGAAGGGGAUGUAACAUAUAGUGACUAUCGGCACGUUUUACAUACUUCUGAACCUAGUGCAUGGCAGCCUCUUGAAAAAGCAUACUCUUCAUGACAUACUGUGGCAGCUAGGUGGCAUACAAGUUCUGUAUAGAUAGCAACUGCCUACCUUCUGGCCCUGAAGUUUGGUUUUACGUUUCUGCUGUUCAGGGAUUUUAGGUGAAGAAUAAAGAUACAUUAUGGUUGCCUUUUGGGGCUGACAUUUUAAAAGUUAACGUUUCUCUCCACCCUAGGCUCUGUGGCAAUGUGGCACCCCCUACUGUGAACACCAACAGCAGCACUGUGUGGGUGACUUUCCGCUCUGAUGGGAGCAUUGGAGGCAGCGGCUUCACCGCCCAGUACCAUGCCAUCACACCUGAACAGAGUGAGUACUGGGCCGGAGGUAGAAUGAACAGAUACACUGAACUGAUCUUUGCUUUAGGAAACAUGUACACUACCAGUCAAAAGUUUGGACACACCUACUCAUUCAAGGGUUUUUCUUUAUUUGUACUAUUUUUUACAUUGUAGAAUAAUAGUGAAGACAUCAAAACUAUGAAAUAACACAUAUGGAAUCCUGUAGGAACAAAAAAAAGUGUUAAACAAAUAGCUACCCUUUGCCUUGAUGACAGCUUUGCACACUCUUGGCAUUCUCUCAACCAGCUUCAUGAGGUAGUCACCUGGAAUGCAUUUCAAUUAACAUGUGUGCCUUCUUAAAAGUUAAUUUGUGGAAUUUCUUCCCUUCUUAAUGUGUUUGAGCCAAUCAGUUGUGUUGUGACAAGGUAGGGGGGUAUACAGAAGUUAGCCCUUUUUGGUAAAAGACCAAGUCCAUAUUUUGGCAAGAACAGCUCAAAUAAGCAAAGAAAAACGACAGUCCAUCAUUACUUUAAGACAUGAAGGUCAGUCAAUACGGAAAAUGUCAAAAACUUUGAAAGUUUCUUCAAGUGCAGUAGCAAAAACGAUCAAGCGCUAUGAUGAAACUGGCUUUCAUGAGGACCGCCACAGGAAUGGAAGACCCAGAGUUACCUCUGCUGCAGAGGAUAAGUUCAUUAGAGUUACCAGCCUCAGAAAUUGCAGCCCAAAUAAAUGCUUCACAUUCAAGUCACAGACACAUCUCAACAUCAACUGUUCAGAGGUGACUGUAUGAAUCAGGCCUUUAUGGUUGAAUUGCUGCAAAGAAACCACCACUAAAGGACACCAAUAAGAAGAAGAGACCUGCUUGGCCAAGAAACAUGAGCAAUGGACAUUAGACAGGUGGAAAUUUGUCCUUUGGUCUGGAGUCCAAAUUGGAGAUUUUUGGUUCCAACUGCCGUGUCUUUGUGAGACACGGUGUGGGUGAACGGAUGAUCUCCGCAUGUGUAGUUCCCACCGUAAAGCAUGGAGGAGGAGGUGUUAUGGUGUGGGGGUGCUUUGCUGGUGACACUGUCUGUGAUUUAUUUAGAAUUCAUGGUACACUUAACCAGCAUGGUUACCACAGCAUUCUGCAGCGAUACGCCAUCCCAUCUGGUUUGGGCAUAGUGGGACUUUCAUUAGUUUUUCAACAGGACAAUGACCCAACACACCUCCAGGCUGUGUAAGGGCUAUUUUACCAAGAAGGAGAGUGAUGGAGUGCUGCAUCAGAUGACCUGGCCUCCACAAUCCCCCGACUUCAACCCAAUUGAGAUGGUUUGGGAUGAGUCGGACGGCAGAGUGAAGGAAAAGCAGCCAACAAGUGCUCAGCAUAUGUGGGAACUCCUUCAAGACUGUUGGAAAAGCAUUCCAGGUGAAGCUGGUUGAGAGAAUGCCAAGCGUGUGCAAAGCUGUCAUCAAGGCAAAGGGUGGCUAUUUGAAGAAUCUCAAAUAUAAAAUAUAUUUUGAUUUAUUUAACACUUUUUUGGUUACUACAUGAUUCCAUAUGUGUUAUUUCAUAGUUUUGAUGUCUUCACUAUUAUUAUACAAUGUAGAAAAUAGUAAAAAAUAAAGAAAAACCCUUGAAUGAGUAGGUGUGUCCAAACUUUUGACUGGUACUGUAUGUUCACAGUACAUUAACACAUAACAUCAGCAAUGUGUGUGUGUGCGUCUGUUCUCAGAGAGCUGCUCCAGGGAGGAGUUUAUGUGUGACCACGGGCGCUGCAUCCUGCCUGUGUCAGUGUGUGACGGUCAGCCCAACUGUCAUGACCACUCUGAUGAGGCCAACUGCAGCCACAAGCACAAAGGUAAGAACAGGGUGUGCGGCACAGUACACACUCAGCAUCAUAGUGACUUAUCCGCAUACAUACAGCAGCUACAAGCAAAAUAAUGCCUAUAUGUAAAAUGGUAGACUCGCGCUGUCAUCCGUCUAAAUCUUGUUCAUCAAGUGGACAAAGUUGUGAAGAAGCCUGGUAAUCAAUUAUAGUAAAAGGGCAAUCGUUUGCUUAUCUAUGCAAAACUAAUUAUCAUCGUUUUUUGCUAUGUUGUUGAACAGAUUGUGGGGGCCAAAAGACUGGACCCUACGGCUACCUGGCGAGUCCAAACCACCCAAAGCCUUACCCUCAUCAACAGGUACUGUACCUACCUACACCUGUUCCAGCAAACCAUCACCAACAUGUAUCUCAUUGACAUACCCAGCCAUAUACCCAGAAUAGAUUUAAUCAAAUCCUACCAUGGUAAAUUAUGUUUAAUCUACUCUUAUCUCUCCGUCAGUUGUGCACAUGGCGGAUCUCUGUCGAGGAGGGUCAUGUGAUCAGGCUGAGUUUCCGUAACUUCAGUCUGGAGACUCAGGACGUGUGUGAGUUGGACUAUGUGGAGGUGCAUGAUAGUGCUGCCACCGGGACCGGUAGAGUACUCGGACGGUAAGACGUAUUAUGUUAGCUUCACAUUGUUGUUUUUUCAUACACUACCAAUAAAAUAGCUCAGAAGGGUUGAAAAAGAAAUGCUCAAAGCAUGUACAUCCAGUCAAAUGACAUUUUCUAAAAUCAAGCAUAGGUGUUGUAUGACAAUAUAUUACAAAUAUGUGUACCAUAAAACAUUCACAACAGUAACAGCACUUCCUUGAUAAGACAGUGUACUGUAACCUGUAGUAGCCUAGCCUGUGUUGGGGACUCCUAUGGUUGCAAAACAGAACAUGGUCACAAACAGAUCUGGGACCAGGCUAAUUGUACCCUACUGUACCACAGCCUGUAACACAGUCCUACUGUUACUUCACCUACUGUACCACAGCCAGCUCAAGUGUUCCUUCUCUAUCCUGUCCCAGGUACUGUGGCACCAGCCUGCCUCCUGAGCUGACCUCCUCUGGGCCUCAGAUAACCGUGGUGUUUGUGGCUGACGAGGGUGUGGCAGACAGUGGCUUCAACGCCUCCUACCAGGCCAUCUCACUCUCCGAGAGUGAGUCCCGCAUCUAGUCUAUUAUGGCUCUUGUAAACGUAGAAAAUAAGCCUAUUUAUUAAAACAUCGAACAGUGGUUUAGUUAAAGGAUUUACACUGGAAAUAUGAGCAGUGGAUCACCCAUUUCCUUGUUUGUGACAGGAACAUGCAGUCCUACUCAGUUUGCCUGCAGCAGUGGGGAGUGCCUGCACCAGGAGUGGCUGUGUGACGGAUGGACUGACUGUGCAGAUGGGACAGAUGAGCACGACUGUGACAACUCGACCUAUCCCCCUUUCAGUGAGCCAACAAUACAAAACACACAUCAUAUUUGUAUGAUUCCUACAUCAGUAACACAACUGCUAAGCUUUCAAGUAGAAUGACUACAUUAUGACAGUAACCUUUUCUGUAUCUUUCUCCAUACCUCUUCCCCAGGCUCGUCCUGUGAGCCCAUUGAGGUGGAGAUGUGUCAGGGCCUGAGCUACAACCUCACCUCCUUCCCCAACAUCUGGCUGUCCAUCGCUGAUCAGAGAGAGGCAGCCAUGCUGCUCCGCCAGUACUUGGUGAGACCGCACACCUGGCCUGUCAACACACAACCACACAGAACAAUAUCAAUUUCACAUGAACUUGAUAUUUUCUUUAAUGGGUUUUCAGUUAACUUGAACAUGAUUUGUAACAUAAUAUAGGUGCAUAGCAGUGGAGGCUGCUGAGGGGAGGACGACUCAUAAUAAUGGCCGUAAUGGAAUGAUAUCAAACACAUGGUUUUCAUGUGUUUGAUACCAUUCCAUUCACUCUAUUCCAGCGAUUACACUCCAUUAUUAUGAGCCGUCCUCCCCUCAGCAGCCUCCACUGGUGCAUAGUAAUAUGUUGUUUCAACCACAAUAAACCAACUAUACACUGAAAAAUACCAUAAAAGGGAUGUGCAGACCCCCCUUAAGUGUUAGAUUCUGAUGGAGGUAGAUACUGUACAGCCGCUCUCUAACUCUCUCCCCUGUGGUUUGUGGUUACUACUAGGUGCUGAUGGAGCUGGCGUGUUUCCAGCCCCUGCGCAGGCUGGUGUGUGGGAUGUUCAUGCCCCACUGCAGCCCUCAGGGUGGGGUGCUGCAGCCUUGCCGGUCAGUGUGCUCCUGGGCAGAGCAGCAGUGUAGUCAGUCCCUGGACAUCUUCACCUUCAGCUGGCCCUUCAACUGCCACCUGCUGCCUGACUCCCAAGACCCUGUGGAGUGCUCCAGCCCCUGA